AUGGCCGUCGCCUGGUUGCUGCUGGCGUUGAUGGUGCUGGGAUCCAGCGGGGAGCACGCCGAGGUGGUCUGCGCCGGCAAUGCCUGCUACACCCUUCACCGGGCCGAACUGGGCUGGCACGGUGCCCAGGAACGCUGCCGGCACAACGGUGGCAACCUGGCUCCCGUCCGCAGCCCCGACGAGGCCGAGCGGUUGCAGGAGCUGCUGGCAGCAGCCGGCUGGCCGGGCCCGGCUUGGAUCGGGCUGUCACUGGCUCGGGGACACUGCGUCCUGCCACAAGAACCUCUGCGGGGCUUCUCCUGGGUGGCCGGCGGGGAGCCCGGUACCUAUUCGGCGUGGCUGGCCGAGCCGGCCGUCACCUGCCUCAGCUCCCGCUGCGUCAGCCUGCGCCCGGACGAGCCGUCGGGCACCGUGGGCUGGGCUGACCGCCCCUGCCGGGCCCCGCUGGCCGCUUUCCUCUGCAAGUUCAGCUUCCGAGGCAUGUGCGGGCCCCUGCCGCUGACCGGACCCGGCCCGGUCAGCUACACCACCCCCUUCGGGGUUCGCAGCCCUCGGCUAGCCGUGGCACCCUUCGGCACUCUGGUAGAGGCCGACUGCGAGGGGGGCGCGGGUCCAGCCUUCGCCGUCUGCAAGGGGCCUUUGGAGGGAGGUGGUUUCGCCUGGCACCCCCCUGGACCCCUCUGCCCCAUUGCCUGCUCCCACCGCAACGGAGGCUGCCAGCAGCGCUGCGUGGAGACGCCGGGGGAGCCCGCACGGUGCGCCUGCCACCCCGGCUACGCCUUGGCCGAGGACAUGGCCUCCUGCUUGCCUGAGGACAGUUGCCACCCCAACCCGUGUCAAAGCACCUGUCUGAGCCGGCCUGGUGGCUUCGAGUGCAGCUGUGAGACCGGCUACAGGCUGGCGUCCGACGGCCGGCGCUGCCUGGAUGUGGACGAGUGCCUGGAUGAACCUUGCCAGCACGAGUGCCACAACACGGCCGGCAGCUUUGUCUGCCUCUGCCGGCCGGGCUACCGGCCAACGGGACCGGGUGGCCGCCAUUGCCACGAUGAAGAUGAGUGUGCUCGGCCCGGCAUCUGCCCCCAGCUCUGCCUCAACGUCCCCGGCUCCUUCCACUGUACUUGCUUGCCCGGCUACCAGCGCCAGCCUAGCCACGGUGAUGCCUGCCUGGACGUGGAUGAAUGCCUCCGGGACCCCUGCCCUGGGCACUGCCGCAACCUUCCUGGCAGCUUCGAGUGCCUCUGCCCAGCCGGCUUCCUCCCAGAGGAAGAUGGACACGGCUGCCGUGCUGCGCCCACUGAUGGAGACAAGCCCACAGGGGCUACCAACAGCACCCCACGAACCACGAGAAUCCCACGAACCACCACGGGCAUCCUCCAGACCACGGUCAUCCCACGGACCACAGGUGCCCCGUGGAGCACGAGCAUCCUCCAGACCUUGGGCAUCCCCAUCGGAGUGACGCCGCCGCCGGCCCCCACGGCUGUAGGGUCCGCGCCUGGUGCCGAGCACAGCAGCGAUGGCCCCAGGCUGCUCCUCUACUACAUCUUGGGUAGCCUAGUAGCCAUCCUGCUGCUGCUGGCCUUCGCCCUGGCCCUCGUGGCUUGCAGGAGGAGGGCAGCCAAGCAGGAGAAGCGGCCGGCCAAAAACGCGGCGGAUAACUACUGCUGGGUGCCCGAGCAGGCGGAGAACCGUGGGGCGGGCGGCGAGCGCAGGUAA